AUGGCGGAAUUCGUUCGGAAGACCCAGUCGGAAAAAAUGGAUGAGAUGCUCCAUAACAUGUCUCUUGUCAUCUCCAAGAUGGAUGACCUAAAUCUCCGCCUUUCCGCCCUGGAAAACCAUCCCCCUUCUCCACCUCCUUCUCCUCUUCCAUUUUCUUCACCUGUUAAUCAUCGGCAUUUUCUCAAGCUGGAUGUGCCCCGUUUUGAUGGUUCUGACCCCCAUGAGGAAGAACGGAUCACUGUCGCGUCAUUCUACCUCGACGGACCUGCUCUUGCGUGGUUUCAGUGGAUGUACCGCAAUGGACAAAUUCAUUCUUGGCCACAAUUACUGCAAGCUUUAGAGAUCUGUUUUGCGCCGACCGCUUUCGAUGAUCCUCGAGGUAAGCUUUUCAAGUUAACUCAAACUUCCUCUGUUGCUGCUUAUCUGAGUGAGUUCGAGACUCUUGCUAAUCGGAUUGUUGGGUUGCAACCCCAAUUUCUUUUGAGCUGUUUUAUUUCUGGGUUAAAACCAGAAAUCCGCCGUGAGGUGCUUUCACAACAGCCUCAAACGCUUUCUCAAGCCUCUGGGUUAGCUCGUCUUCAUGAGGAAAAGUUUCAGGAUCUAACUCGUCUUAUUCGACAGCGUAGUGGUCCCGGACCGUUGUCGUUGCUGACCCGGUCACCCACUACUCCUCUGGUACCUUUAGUUCCUCUGAAGCAGUUGCCACCUCUCUUACCGGCUCCCCCUCCGCGCACACGCUUUAAGCAAUUAACUGAGGCAGAGAUGGCUGAUCGACGAGAGCGUGGUUUGUGUUUCAAUUGCGACCAAAAAUUCUCACGCAAUCAUCGUUGUCCUGCACGUUACAUGCUGUUGGUUGCUGAAGAGGAUAAUGACUCAUGCAAAUCUUCUUUGCAUGCUCCAAUUUUGGAACCCAACCCACCAGAUCCUGUUUCACCCGUUAUCACUGAUGAUCCGAAUCAGGCCCAACUUUGUUUGAAUGCUUUGUCGGGCUUUGGGGCUCCCGAAACGCUGCGGGUCUCAGGUCAGAUUGACCAAUUUCAGGUAACAGUUUUGGUUGAUGGGGGCAGUACCCAUAAUUUCAUCCAAGAAGUAGUGGCUAACUUUUUGGGCCUAUCUCGUAGCCCAAUUUCAGUUUUGAAAGUUAUGGUAGGAAGCGGUGAAGUUCUACCAUGCACUGAAGUAUGUACAAGGGUGAAAUUAAUGAUACAGGGGCAUAAUUUUCAGGUGGAUUUAUACAUAUUGGGAAUGACGGGGUCUGCUAUUGUUUUAGGGGCCCAAUGGCUGAAACAACUGGGUCCAAUUCUCAUGGACUACCAAAACCUUACUAUGCAGUUUAACCAUCCUAAUGGUCUUAUUGUGUUGAAGGGCCAGACUAUUUCCCCUCAUGAACCUAUCUCUUUUCACCAAUUAAAACGUGUCCUUCAUUCAGACCCUACAGCACAAUUCUUCUCUCUUAGCGUCACGCCACAACCUGAUACAUCUUUACCCCUCCCUACCCUCGCACAUGAACACAUUCCACUCCAACUUCUCCUACACAAAUACCAUUUCCUUUUUACUGAACCUUCUUCUCUCCCUCCUAAAAGGUUUUCUGAUCACUUCAUUCCAUUACUCCCAAACUCUACCCCGGUCAAUGUUCGACCAUACCGCUACCCACAAUCCCAGAAAAUUUAG